AUGGUAGCAGCAUAUGCAGCUGUGAUCUCUCUUAUGCACACGAUCGAUCAGACUCUGCGCCACGACCACCAUCUCAACUGUCUAGAGCGACAAAGGUUAGAGACCCUGCAAGAAAUAGUCAGCUUCUUGCUGGAAUUUCUCCUAGGGGGCAUCAAUGGCGAAGAAGGCUUCGACAAUCAAAUAGCAGAUGCUGCCAGCGCAGCAGAAGAUGCCAUCGAGUCCCAUUUCGUGGAUCGAACUCUUGCUGGGUCCACAGGUCAGCUCGAUGAUGACGAUGGUUCCAUUUUUUUCCACCAAGGUCUCGAAAAAAUUAUCAAAGACCUGAACUUUAUCACGAAAGAGGCGAUCAAAAUGAAGGAUAAAAUUAAAUACGGAAUCAAAGAAACGCUGCCCAGAAACUCAACUCCUGCUAGCUCAUCAAGGUCGUUUCUUGAUGACGGGAAUAAAAUGGUGGGUUUUGAUGGUGAGCUUAUUCAAAUUUUGGAAAUACUCGCAGGCACGCAACCUGCUCGACAAAUUGUCCCUAUAGUGGGAAUGGGUGGCAUCGGUAAGACCACUCUUGCUAAAAAUGUAUACGACCACCCGCUUAUCGUGCAACACUUUGACACGCGUGCUUGGGCCACAGUAUCUCAAGAGUAUAAUCUGAGGGACAUUCUUUUGAGAAUUCUUUUCUGCCAAAGGAAACAGGGGCCGAACGAAGAUUUAAUCGAUUUUUGUGCAAAAAUGGGUGGGAAAAGCAAAGAGGAUUUAGGAUUGCAACUUCAUAAAAGUUUAUCGGGCAGGAGAUAUUUGAUUGUCAUGGAUGACCUGUGGAGCACGGAUGUUUGGGAUCGCAUAAAGAUGUUCUUUCCCGAUAACAACAGUCGAAGUCGAAUUGUGGUAACCACUAGGCUAUCAAGUGUGGGAACUUAUGUUAGCUCUAGUAGCUUCCACAUGAAACUUCUUAAUUUGGAGAAUAGUUGGGAUUUGCUUUGUGAUAAAGUAUUUGGACGAGAGCUCUGUCCUCUUGAGUUGGAGCAAAUCGGGAAGAAGAUUGUCGAAAAUUGCAAAGGGCUUCCUCUGUCGAUUGUUGUGACAGCUGGACUUCUGGCGAGGACCGAUAAAUCAUUAGAAUACUGGGGGCAUAUUGCAGAAGGUGUAAGCUCAUUUCCCCAUUCAGAUGAUUAUGAGCAUUGCUUGAAGGUGUUAUCUUUAAGCUAUAUCCAGCUACCUGUUCAUCUGAAACCGUGUUUCCUCUAUAUAGGGGUAUUUCCGGAAGAUCACGAGAUUCGUGUGUCUGAGUUGACCAAACUCUGGGUUGCCGAGGGAUUUGUUGAACUAACUAGACAUAAAAGCAUGGAGGAAACUGCUGAAGACUUUCUGCAUGAACUUAUAGAGAGGAAUGUUGUUUUGGUUUGUGAGUGGGGCUCCAGCGGAAAAGUAAAAUCUUGCAACAUUCAUGAUCUCUUUAGGGAGCUAUGCCUGAGGGAGGCUCAAAAGGAGAAGUUUUUCUCCGUGAUGAGGGUGCACAGUCUUGAUGAUGUUCCACAAGGUAUGACUAUGAAUAAUGCACGCCGAGUUGUAAUCAACCAAAGCAUGUCUGAGGAUAAAUAUGGCAGUGAAGUAAUUCAUGCCUUGCAAUCGGCAUCACUCGCCCGUACACUGAUAUGCAAUUUUGACCAGGUCUUGCCACCAUUUGCCUUCAAAUUAUUGAGGGUUCUGAAAAUGGUCAACGAAUAUUCCCAUAAACCCAAAAAAGAAGAAGAAGAAGAAGAUAUGAACCUGUUAGGUGUUGCUUUUCAGUUUGUGAACUCACGGUACCUUGCCUUUAGAACCGAAUGGAAAUUGAAUUCCCAGUUUCCUUCUUCCAUGUUCCUCCUGAAGAAUUUGCAGACGCUAGUUGUGAAGGGAACUUGGGGUACCACGAUUGCCCCUCCUGAAAUUUGGAACAUGACACAACUUAGGCAUAUAAAGUUCGAUGUUAUUCUUCUCCCUGAUCCACCAUCUGGUAAUAUGGAUAAAGGUGAUAAUCUCGUCUUAUCAAACUUGCAAACUCUGGUUGAUGUAGGAAAUUUCAGGUUUAGUCAGGAGGUUGUUAAGAAAAUCCCAAACAUUACAAAACUGAGAAUUACUUACGCCAGAUACGGGAGAUAUAAAGAAUGGCCUUAUUACUGUCUCGACAAUCUCGGCCGUUCGCUUAAACUGAGAUCACUAACUCUCUUCUUUCAACACUAUAAGGUCAGUCGAGGUUUGUUACUAAAGAAUCUUUCCUUUCCGAUUUCGCUCAAGAAGUUGACCCUACACGGAUGUGGGCUUUUCUGGGAGGAUAUGCCAUUGAUUGGCUCCUUACCCAAUCUUGAGGUUCUCAAAUUGGAGCUCGAAUCUUUUGUGGGGCCCGACUGGAAUCCAGUGGAGGGCGAAUUCCUCUGCCUGAAGUUCUUGCAAGUAGCGUGGUGCAAAGAUCUCGUAAACUGGAAUGCAGAGAGGACACAUUUCCCGCGGCUCGAGUGCCUCGUGCUUCAGAUGUUGACGAGCUUGAACGAGAUACCUAUGGAUAUUGGACACAUACCCACACUUCGAGUUAUUAGGUUGGAACUUUGCAGUGACUCCGCUGUUAUUUCGGCUAAGAACAUUCUAGAUGAACAAGAGGAACUAGGGAAUGUGGGCCUCCGAGUUCAGGCUCAAAUCUGGCAGAAGAACGAAUUAGAGAGCCUGACAAGCGAAAAUUUCCAGGUUCAGCAACAUACUUUGAACCUGAUCAAAAACGGGACUGAAUGUUUGUCGUCAACAGAUGGUGAAAGAUGAGUUUUGUGAUCACUCAUUAAAGUCUACCCGAAGAUGAUCGGGCUUGACUAGCUGGAAAAUUUCAAAAAAUCACCCUUUACUUGUGAUUAUGUUAAUAUAUUUUCCUCGCUGUAUUGUUGGAUUUUGUGUUUAUGGUUGAUUGUCUUGUGAUUCAAUGUGUUUACAGUUUUUGAUGGUUUGCCGGUGUGGAUUUCAGUCCCGAGGCUUGCUUGUUUGGCUUGUCGUAUUCAUGGUUUGUUGACUAUUAUGUAAGGUUCGUUUGGCCCUUCAGUGUUUGACUAGAAGAUUGUAUAGUUACUGUGAAGUAAAUAAAAAGAGCUGAUUUGUGAAGUAAAUAAAUAGAGCGGAUUCAGUUAAACAUGUAGUCUUUAACUUUUAAACUGAUUGAUUUUGUUGAUUAUCU